AUGCCUUCUUCAUCUUUGGAGGAAGUAUCUACGUCCGCGCACCACCAUGUGAUUAUUUCCAUUCAUUCCGAUGAUCAUGUUUCGAAUAAUAACAAUAAUGGAUCUUGCUCCGACAACAAUGAUGAUCCAAACAAAAAAGAUUUCGUGUCAAUUCCAAUCCAACAACCAACACCUUCCACAUCAACAACAACAGCAUUACAAACUCUUCCGAAUAAUGCCCUCUCGGGGUUUGCCAUCAAGUAUACAUGGAGAAACAUUCCUUUGGAAGUACUUGUUGAAAUUUUCAAAUAUUUAGACAAAGGGUCAUUAAGUGCCUCGUCAUUGGUGAGUCACGAUUGGUACCAUGCUUCUAAACACGAUUUAUUGUGGUAUGAAAAUUGUGUAGAAUUAUUUAAGAAAAUUUAUAGUGAACAGAUUGAUUACUAUGUAAGCGAGAGACAACGAAUUGGAUAUAUGAAAGUUUACGGAGAACCAAUUCCUCCUCCACCAAAAAAACCUCUAGUUGAAGAUUAUGUGACAUUCGAUAACGAUAAUAAGAUUGUUAGUAUUGGAACUUUGAGAGCUUUACAUAUCAAACAUGGAAAAAAGCAAUACAAGGAGCGAAAACGAAUUGCUAGAGAAAAACGAAUCAGACAGAUAAAAGAGAAGUAUCACAACAAAUUAAGAUCAAACACAAAAUCCUUUAUCAUAACUAGUGCUUCCUUACUGUAUGCUGGCUUUUUGCUGUUUUUCAUCAUGACUGGUAUUACUGAUGCAGUCGAUCCACUGUUGUUUAAUGCCAUUGGUGUACGGUGGCAAGUAUUUUCCUUCAUUCCAUUGUGGUUCGUUUUUGCGGUAGCUUUUUUAAUGACUACGUUUUUCACAUUCCUGGAUUGUUUAAGGGAAUUUCGUGAAGGAUUUUGGGUGGCUGCUGUUUUGGUGAAAGGAUUGGUUGCUUCUUUCUUAAUUGUUGCAGCAUUGACAUUUAUUAAUUUACUUCUGCCAUUCACUGAAAAAAUUCUCCCUAAUGGAAUGGUGUCAAGAACUUACGCCAUAUCUUGGUUUUAUGUUUUAAUUGUUCCUUAUCUCUAUAUUUUAGUUGCUAUUUUUGCUGUUCCUAUCGGAAGUUGCAUUUUAUGUGCUCGCACAUUUAAAAACGACAGACACGAAUUUCCUCGCAACUUGCGGUAUAUUAGUGGAGUGAAUUUUCUAGUGUUUCUUGUUGAAUCGUUUGUGAUCAUGUUAGGAUUUGGUUUGGAAUUUAUGGAAAAUGGCUUUUAUCUCAUGUAUGCAGCUAUUCCAUUUGCCUUAUUUUUCCUCAUUGGAUUUUUCACAUUUAUGCAUUACAUGAUUAAGAAAGUUAGAGAUGGUAGUAGAGGAAGAGCAUUUCCUGGAUCAGAUGCAGAAAUAUUGUUGUGGUUUAUGAUAUUUUCUGGCCUUUUAUUUAUCAAUGUUGUCGUAGUGUCAUUUUCUCCAUUCCUUGGUCACUACACAUGGUUUUCAUCAUUGCCUCCACUCACUUGUGCCUUUGCAUUCACUAUACGAUCUAUUACAAAAUAA